AUGAAUUCGGUAUUUUCAGCAAAACUCGCCUUGAGUGGACACUCAAAGUCUUCGCGAGUUGAUGCGAAGGGAGGCAUCUACUUGACAACUAAAAAUGGAACAUUUCCAAUAUCGCUGACGUCCUUAGACCCGGACAGCACUACGGAGCAUAUAGCUUCAAAGUUCUUUACGGGGACCGUUGAAAAUCUCGCCGGGAACGAGAGCUCAACGUGGCAGGAUGCGACCGAAGAAUUUCUGUUCACCAAUUACUUUAAUACCACGUACGACGAGGUCAAUUCGAGCGACGCCAAAGUUAACCAGAAACGAAGCAUUAAUGACGCCGUGUCCAAGAACAUUACGGUGGUAUUGGAGAACUUGCUGAAGAAUUACGAGAAAUCUCAGUUGCCGACGCACGGGCAAGGUUAUCCCACAGUCGUACAAACGAAUAUUUUAAUACGCAGCAUGGGACCCGUUUCCGAACUUGAUAUGGAUUAUUCCAUGGAUUGCUAUUUCCGGCAAUACUGGCGCGACACACGCUUGUCCUUCCUCGGUCCAAUACGAUCUUUGUCUCUAUCUAUCAAAAUGUUGGAGAGGAUUUGGCGGCCCGACACGUACUUCUAUAAUGGGAAACACUCCUACGUCCACACGAUAACGGUGCCUAACAAGCUGCUGCGGAUUAGUCAACAUGGAGACAUUCUGUAUUCCAUGAGAUUGACUAUUAAGGCGAAGUGUCCGAUGGAACUUCGAAAUUUCCCGAUGGAUCGUCAGUCGUGUCCGCUUAUUCUGGGAAGCUAUGCAUACUCAAACCAGCAAUUAGUGUACCAGUGGCAAAAUUCUGAGAGCGUCAACUUCGUGCCCGGGAUGACUCUAUCACAGUUUGAUCUCAUAAGCUUCCCGUACAGAAACUUUACUUUCACAAGACGAGAAGGUGAUUUCUCAGUGCUUCAAGUAUCAUUUAAUCUUCAGCGGCACACUGGAUAUUUUCUCAUUCAAGUGUACGUGCCCUGCAUACUGAUCGUGGUUCUCUCCUGGGUGUCAUUCUGGAUACAUCGGGAGGCUACUUCAGACCGUGUCGGCCUCGGCAUCACGACGGUGUUGACUCUGUCCACAAUAAGCCUGGACUCAAGGACUGAUUUACCGAAAGUGCGUUACGCAACCGCCCUAGAUUGGUUUUUAUUGAUGAGCUUUUUCUAUUGUAUCGCAACCUUGCUCGAGUUCGCUGGAGUACAUUAUUUUACUAAGGUGGGCUCCGGUGAAAUAGUUGUAGAUGACUCGGAAUGGGAGGAAUUGAUUGAGGAAGUGGGCGGCGAUGCGUUUGCAGCCAGACAACUUGCAGUUAGGAGACGAAGCUCCUCCAAAUCUGCUAAUAACUAUAGCCUCUCAUACCCAGCCCAAAGCAAUAGUUCUGGUGAGAGUGACCUGCAAGCUCACGAGGAACAACCAUCAGUUCGUCUGACGAUGGAGCGCACCACACAAACGGAAAACCGCGUGCCUCGUUGGCGUCAGUUAUUGUACUGCUUGGCUGGUGAUGACCAAUAUAGGAGACAAAGGCAACGAGAAGCUGGUAACCGAGGACAUAUCAACAGUGUAUCACACAUUGACAAAGCGGCUCGAGUCUUGUUUCCAGCUUCAUUCGCUCUUCUCAACCUGUUCUACUGGAUGAUAUACGCCUUCACAGAUGACGAUUUUGCCUGGAGUGACAACCCUAUCAAUCGCGUUUAA